AUGUCUGUUGUCAGUACCGACGAGGACGCCGUGCGUGCUCUGUCCUCGGACGGUGAGCGCAACGAUAGCGCCAAAAUAAGACUGCUGCCGUGCGCGCCGGGCGAACCCGGGAUGGUGGCCCGGCGCAUCCGCAGAAAAAUCAAAGAAGCCGCGGAUGGUGAACGACUCGAGCCGAUAAACAUUGAAAAGCAUCGAUCGUUGAUCCCGGAGCCGGCGUCGCUUGUCUCCGGUCUGUGA